CUAAUUUCGCACAGAUGGCAAUAGAAACUGUAGCGAGUGUCGAAGUGUUUAACAAAUCAAAAUAAAAGAAAUAGAUGCCUUAUUCUUCGGAAAUUAGCGACUUGGGUCUUAAUAAAUAAUUAUCAGGAAAAUACUUCAAAGCUUUUAAAGCAUUGCAGCUGUUGUACUUGAAGCAUUGCAUGACACUUGUACUUGCAGUAAUUCAAUAAUAAAAUGGAAGCCGCUGAUCGUUUGCUAAACAAUGAUAAACCUGUGAAUCAUAGUAACUUAGAAGAAGAUCAGUUGUUUCUGAAACAGAAGCCCCCAGGUGUUAAGUGUGACAUAGUUAAUGAAUGCAAGGUUUUUAUCAAGGCAGAGGAUGGAAGUGGUGAUGCUAAAUUGAACAUUACAAAUGCCAUGAUGCCAGAAAAGUCAGAUAAUCCUGAUUUUGUAACUUCUACGCCAGUUCCAAAGAAAGAAGCAAUAUCAGAAAAUCAAGUUGUUGAUUCAAAUCCAGAAUGUGAUAUGGAAGAUGGUGUUUCAGAAUUGCCCAUGGAUGAUGGUCUUCCCAGUACUGUGACUGUGUUAGAUGCUCCCGAUGGGGGGAAAGUGUAUUUAGUGGGUACUGCACACUUCAGCAUACAGUCUCAGGAAGAUGUAUCCAGAGUAAUACAAGAAGUGAACCCACAUAUUGUGAUGGUGGAGUUGUGUGAACAAAGAACUAAUAUUCUUUUAUUAGAUGAAGAAGUCAUACUUAGAGAAGCGAAGAAUAUUAAUAUUAAAAAGAUCAGAGCAACAAUGGCACAGAAUGGUGUAUUCAAUGGCUUGAUGUAUAUACUAUUGUUAAAUACAUCUGCACAUAUAACAAGAGAGCUGGGUAUGGCACCUGGUGGUGAAUUCCGAAGGGCUAUGGCUGAGGCAAAGAAAAUACCCAACUGCAUUGUACAGCUGGGUGACAGAGCGAUAGACAUCACCCUCCACCGCGCAAUAGCGUCACUCUCUUGGGGACAAACUAUCAGAUUUGUCUGGCAUUUGCUGACAUCAAAUCAGACAAUUAGCCUGGAGGAGGUAGAGAAAUGCAAACAAAAGAAAAUGUUGGAAGACAUGUUGGAAGAAAUGGCUGAAGAGUUUCCGGCGUUGAAGCGGGUGUUCGUCGUGGAGCGAGACAUGUAUCUCUGUCAUUCAUUGCAGGUCGCUGCCUUGCAACCGCGUCGAGAACCCUGUCGCAUAGUGGGUGUGGUCGGUAUCGGUCACGUGGCGGGCAUUGUAGAACACUGGGGUAAAAUCGGUCCACAGGACAUAACACCGCUACUGAUCGUACCGCCGCCAUCUUUGUCGACGCGUGUGAUUCGCGUGUCAAUCCGCGUGGCGUGCGUUGGCGCCAUUAUCUACGCUGGAUACAAACUUAUUCCUCGGCGCUGGUUGCCUUGAUGACUAGAACUCUGCCUUAUAUUGUGGGUAAUCUUCUUGUACGUGGGAAGUAAAAAAAUAUCGAAAAGAUGAUUGUUGGAUCAUAUUCUAGCGUUAAAUCUUACAAUAAAAUUGUAACUCAAAAUGCAAUUUGAUGUUCGGAAGAGAAAAACUAAAUAGUUUGCCAUACUUGUUAUUGGAAAUAGUGAUAAACAAUUAAAUAACGGGAUUGAGGUAUUAGAAAAAGUAAUAGUUGUUGAAAUUCGGAUAGAAAUUCUAGAAACAUAUUUUACUAUCAGUCAAGGUGAUUUUUAUGUUCAGAAACAAUAAGUUUAUACCUUUACCGUCUUAUUACAGAAAUUACUAAACAAACUUAAUAAAAAACUUCAUCGAAACCAUAGAUCAAAAAAAUUCUUCUGACGACACGAAGAUUAACAAAACCAGACUACCACAUACAUUAUAAUAUAUCUCAUUUUUACGUUUUGUCAUAAGAUGGAAAGAGGUCUUCAUAUUAUACUUUGUCUUAAAAUCAAGUGCUCAAAAUGCGGCUUUGUCGCUACACGAUGACUAGUCGGAAGUUUCUAAAAUUGAGAAUCAUCUAUGUAUAAUUAUAAUUAUGAAGGUUAAAUCACGUUAAAAGUAUGAAUAGGACCAUAGAUUUACGAGUGAUAUAAGAUCUGAUCAAGAGAAGGUUAAACCCACAUGGAUAUUAGUUACCACAGUAAAAAAAGAAGAUUACCCGUUUUCCCGUUGAUAUCAAUAAAGUAGAUAUUAUAAUUUGUUUUAUCUUUAAUGAAUCCUCUGAUGGAUUGAUUGUAGAUAAAAUCUAAAACAGUAUUUAAGUUAAAAUAUAUAGAUUGUGGACAAAAUCUAAAAAAUAUUGUUUUAGAUUUUGUCCACAAUCUAUACAAUUUUAACUUAAAUACUGUAAAACAUCUUCGAUUUUAUUAUACUCUCUUGAUCGAUAUUAUUAUUUUGACAAAUCAUUACAAAAAUACACUUAAAAAUGGGCCCAUUCAUGCAAAACACUUACAUUAUUUAACUAUCUUUGUAUAGGUAAAGUUCCCUCAAAAUAUUUUCCAUUAAUUUAAGCAUGGCAAUUAUCGAUACCGAUUCAAUUGUUCACAAACUAAACAUAUAUCAGUAAUAGAUAAGCUAUGCUCUACUGUUUUUAUUACGGUAAAAAAAAA